UUGUACACAUUUCUUUCCUUUCCUUGUAUAUUUCUCUAUUCUUAAUGAACUUCGCUGUCAAAUGCUUGACAAAUUAGGGGCCCUUCUCUCCCCGGUUUACAACCUUGCCUGAGUCAGACGCUGUUCUAGGCAUAUGGGGGCCGGGAAAGGGGGCACGAGGAGGAGAACCCCAAAUAUGAGGAGAUAUGAAAGGUUUCCCCGUUAUGAAGAGACAGGGUGGAGGUCCCUCUCCUUCUGGGUUCCCCGGUGGCAGGCUGAGCCCCUAAAUGUCCUUGUGCGGGAAUGGGGCGAAAGAUUUACUGGUUGUUUAUAUCUGACUGGGAACAAUGGUAGCUGUCACGGCAUCUGCUGCCCAUUCUGCAAUGGUGAGAAAAGGCCCUGAACUUCUUUUCAAGCCAGGGUCGUAUUUUUUUUCUCUCUUCUUCUUCUUUGUGUCAUAAUAGAAGGCUAUAAAACGGAGCUGGGAUUGGUACCCAAGGCGGACUUUAAUGAAUUCUUGGGGUCCUUCUUCACCCCUCCACUUUCCCCCGUGACCCACCAACCCGGCGAAGGCGAGGGGCCCUUAGUGCCAUCGCAGUGGCCAAGAUGUGGCCUUGGGAGAUAUUUAUGGGGAGGGUUUGGUGCCUCAAAUCAUUUGGGGGCCGAGAAAGGGACAGUCUCACCGGAGGCGGUAUCUGGAAGUUAGGGAACCAGUUCUUCCUUUCAUUGUAUUCUCUCUCCUUUCUUGCUUUCUUCUCUUGAAACUCCCCGGGGGAAAGGGGUAUUUCGAAUUGCUAUGAUUUUGCAAUGUUUAUUUAUUUGUGUAUGUGUGUGUUUGCCUGCGCGGAGAGAGCAAAGAGGAGCACGCAAAUACACGGAUAUGUUUGGGGGGGGGGGGGGAUACCGCAAAUCCAGGGAUAUUAUUUAAGUCUGGUCCGUGGACCACCUGUGGUCCGCAAGAACUAAAAUAUGGUCCAGGCCUCACCCUUACUACUACGGAUAAUAACACAGCCCAACCAAAGAAACAUUUUCGUUUUAGGCCUGUUCCUAAAACGUUAUUUGGGGUGCUGAUUCAGAAAAUUGCAUUGGAUAGAGCACAUCCGCUCUAGAUUAUUAAAUAUGGUUUUCUGUGGGCGAGCAGAUGGCGACUACUGGGUGGCAUUUGUUUUGUACCAGAAACUAGAGCUGAUGUGGUCUAUCCAAUGCAAUUUUCUGAAUCAGCACCCCAAAUAACUAAACCGAAUCUAAAGUUGACCAAAAACUGAUUCGCAACCCUUUUGGUGCUAAUGUUGGAGAGUGGUCCCUGGUCAAAAAAGGUUGGGAACCACUGCCAUAGACGGAAAGGGUUUUUAAAAUAUUAUUUUCGAAAAAAGUAAAUACAUAUAUUAAUAAAUAAGCGCAUGUCGUUCUUUUUAUUAUUUCCGUUGUGUGUCAGGGCAGAGGCAAGGAUUUCCUGCUUUGGGAAUGAUACAUUCAAACAAUAAAACAUUAAUUCGGGGAUUUCGGGUGACAAAUGUUUAUGGCUUGAGAAGAGUGAUGGCGAAACAGGGCUGGGCUUUCCGAACGGGAGAGUGCGGACACCUCGAGUGUUGUUUAUAUUUUUCCUUUGACCCAAAACUACAAAAGAAAGAGAGGAGGGGGGGGGGGGGAGGACACAAACUCAGGACCUCGGCGGAAACAUCCCUUUAAUGAUAAUGCUGAUUCUCGUGUAUCAGCCCGAAUAUUGUAUCACUUUGACAAUUGCCGGGUUUGUUGUUAUAAAUCAUCGUAAGUAAUUCCUGGAAGGGUGUGAGGUCGAUCAGGGUGUGUGUGUGUGUAUGUGUAUGUGUGAUGGGGAGAUGGGGUGUGGGAAGAGAGGGAAGGAGGCCCGGCUAGGAUUGUAAAUCUUCCCGUUUUAUGGCUCUCUGAACAGAUGCUGAGACAGAAAAAGCCUUAGAUCCCUCUCGGAGGCCAAACUGAAGGUCCCUUUCCCCAUUUUCUCUGCUUCACACUUGGUUCCCUGUGUUUUUUUUCCCCCUAUUGAAUUUGAAGUUCGGUCCCUUUGCUUGCUGGCUUGCCGGUUUAAAACGCAUUCAUUUAUAGGUGGCCUUCCCAGGAACGCGAGAGUACAUCGUUGUUGUUGUUGUUGUUGUUGUUGUUGUUGUUGUUGUUGUUGUUCCCUUUCCUAUGUUCUCUUUCUCUCUGAAGGGAGACUUCUUCUUCCCUUAAUCUUUCUGCUUUGCAGAUUUUGCUCCAAGCAAGCGAGAAACCCCAUCUGUGGCUAUUUCUUUCCCUCCAAGCGCCCCAGUGUUACAUUUUAUAUACAUUUAUGCUUCUCAAGGCUUUGACCGAUAGGUUCAAAGGAAUUGCUAAGAACAAGAGGAUCCUAAUGCCAUUGCUUCCCUGUUUUGCUCCCAUUAAAACGGGUGGAAGGGGUUGAGAGGGACCCGAUCCUUCGGAAUCAGCCUGGCAAAGGGGUUGAGCCUCCCUUAACUUUGCAUAUGACAGAGGUUAAAGAAGAGCAGGGUCUUCUUCCUCGGGUUUAGCGUUUUCAAAAUUUCCCCGAGUCAACGUUACAAGUCCUUGAAUCGGAGCCCGUCUCCCAUGAGCGCCGAACUUCCCUUAUUGAACUUCCCACGUUCAUUUUUUUCUUCUCAUCCUUUACAAAGACUGGUUUGCAGAGGAAAGAAAUGUUAUUUAGAUACCGCAGCUCUGUGGACUGUAAAGCGAUACAUUACUGCCAUGUGUUUGGAUGGUAAUGAAUUUUUCAGAGAUUCUAGAUUUAGUCUAGAGGCUUUUUUUCAGAUUCGGGAUUCUUUUCAGGCGUCAGACAAAAGAGUCAUAACAACAACAACAACAACAACAACAAUCUAGUGACGAACAACUUUAAAUUGUGUAUAUUAGCGAGAAGCAAUGUCUGGCUAGCUGUUUAAAGAUUUUGAUCUGAAGCCAUAGAAAGAGGAGGGUAAAUAAUAACAGUAAUAAUGUGACUUGUUUGGGAUAUUGUUAGAGCCAACGACUCUUGCUCUAGUAACGGGAGGUUUUGUACAUAGGCGAGCAAAGAAAGCAACUCUUGGAAUAUGCUGUGGAAGGCUUUCAUUGCCAAAAUAAUUGGGUUGCUGUGAGUUUUCCGGGCUGUGGCCAUUUUCCGGGAGCAUUUUCUCCUGAGGUUUCGCUCACAUCUGUGAGGUCUGUUGGAAACUAGGAUUUAUAUAUCUGUGGAAAGUCCAGGUUGGGAGAAAGAACUCUUGACUGUUUGAGGCAAGUGUGAAACAAGGUUGCCUAGUUUUCCAAACCCAACUUGGCCUAACUUCUUUCCCCCAUUAUAUUUAACUGAAGAGCCAAAUGGUCCCUUGAUCGCAAUGGACGGCAGCCAGCGUUACAAAAUAGUAAAUAGUCAAAACAGCUCGAAAGGGAGACGCUAUCUCGGAGGCGGUAACCAUUUCGCUUUUCAAAUCAUCAUUAUUUGGGGGGGGGGGGGGCUUACCAUUAAGAGUAACACGACCCCUCCCCCCAAAUUUGUUGAAAUCGCAGAUUAUGAUUAUUAUAAUCCAUAUUGACUGGGGUGGGCUGCAGCUUUGCCCACUUCAUGAAUUGAAGUUCUGGUCCAAGAGGCAACUGAGCUCUCGGGGACCAGCACCUCCAAGGCAUCCUAGACCCCACUGAGCUGAGAUGCCCCUUGGCUCUGGACUGUGGAUGGAGACCUUGCAUGGACCAUGCUAGGCCCUUCAGCCACCCCAUAAGAAGGAGGAGGAGGACUGAGGAAGAAUUUUUCCAAGUUCAACCUGCUUGGAAGCCUCAGCCUCAUUCAGAGCCAUCUCCUCUCCGAGGAUCACGUGAACAAAUAUGCUUGUAUUUUAAGGCAGCCCUUGUUUCCUUUAUUACAGCAGGCUUCCUCUGUUGCUCUCCCAUAUAGAAGUGUGUACAUAUAUAAUUAUGGCGAUGCUUAAGUGGCCUCAUCAGCUUGUUCUUGACAAACCAAAAAGCUAUGCCAUUAAAUAGCUGACUGGAUCUUCUCCCUCCAAUGGGUUGGCCUGAAGCUUCUGAAGGAUAUUAUUAUUAUUAUUACCAUUAUUAAUACUAAAUCCAGCCAAGUCAGAAUACCCGUUGGCUCGCUGUUAUUGGAGCUCCAGCCUUGGUCUUUUAUCCUACCGGGAAUACUGGUCUAUGGAAAUGCUGUGCAAGACUACAAGAUCAGGUUUAGCUGCGUAUUGUCUACAGAACAAAGGAGGAAGGCUAUCCCCUCCAAGCUACAAACCCACGCUUUUUUGACCCACCACCAGGACAAGGACAGUUUUAGGAUAAACAGGUAUACAGGUCCAGCUCGCCGCUUUCUCCCACGGAAGCUGAAACCCCCACUGAAAGUGCGAGAGAGAAGAUUCAAGAAAAAACGCAGUUGUGGUGGCUCCAGGCCCGGAGGAAGGCCAGGCCGGGUGAGGGCAGGGGCAGCCGCGCCGGUCCAUGUUAUUUGAGCGGGGCCCCGAGGCCUUGGCGACCGCAGAGCCCAUCAUGCAGAAAACCGCCUACUACGACAACACGGCGCUCUUCGGCGGGGGCGGCUAUGGAGGCUACAGCAAAGCGGACGCCUACGGCUACACCACCGGCCCACAGCCAUACUCCCAGCUGGAAAGCGACUACGCGGGCUCGGCUUGCUCCCUCCAAGGCGUGGCCACGGCCUCCGCCCCACUCCGGGGCCCCACGGCGGCCCACAAGAGCGCUGACUUGGGCGGGAGCUGCAUGCGGGCGGCAGGAGCCGGGCAAGGCGCCCAGCCCGGGUUGGGCGAGCCCCAGCAGCAGCAGCAGCAGCAACAAGCCCCGCCCCCUCCCCCUCCGCAGCAGCAGCAAGCUCCGCCCCCCGCGCUGCCCUCUUCGCCCUCUCCGCCCGCCACGAACCCCGCCCACGCGGUUCCCGCCAAAAAGGGCAAAGGCGGGCCCAACGCCUCGGGCGGUUCGGCGGCCACCAUCAGCAAGCAGAUUUUCCCCUGGAUGAAGGAGUCUCGGCAGAACUCCAAGCAAAAAAACAAUUGCGCCCCCGCAGGGGAGCCGUGCGAGGACAAGAGCCCGCCGGGCCCGGCCUCCAAGCGGGUGCGCACGGCCUACACGAGCGCGCAGCUUGUGGAGCUGGAGAAGGAGUUCCACUUCAACCGCUACCUCUGCCGCCCGCGCCGCGUGGAGAUGGCCAACCUGCUCAACCUGACCGAGCGGCAGAUCAAGAUCUGGUUCCAGAACCGGCGCAUGAAGUACAAGAAGGACCAGAAGGCCAAGGGCAUCCUGCACUCCCCGGCGGGGGGCCAGUCCCCGGAGCGGAGCCCGCCGCUGGUCGGGGCGGGGGCCCACCUGGGCUACGGCGGGGGAUUGGGCUACGGAGACGCCCCCUCGCCGCCCGCCUUCGCCAAGUCCCAGCAGAACCUCUACGGCCUGGCGGCCUACACCGCCCCGCUGGGCCCCUGCCUGCCGCAGAAGCGCUACCCGGGCGCCGAGUACGAGCCGCAGGCCUUGCAGGGAGGAGGGGGCGGCGGGGGAGGAGGGGGCUUCGGCAACCCGGCCUUGCAGGGCAGCCCCGUGUACGUGGGCGGCGGCGGCUUCGUGGACUCCAUGCCCGCCUCGGGCCCCAUGUUCAGCCUGGGCCACCUCUCGCACCCUUCCUCGGCCAGUGUGGACUACAGCUGCGCGGCCCAGAUCCCCGGCAACCACCACCACCACGGACCUUGCGACCCCCACCCCACCUACACAGACCUGUCUUCUCACCAUUCGUCUCAGGGAAGGAUGCCGGAAGCCCCCAAACUCACGCACCUGUAACAGACAGACUGGAAUCGGAUUCCCAGAGCGAUUGAGAGAGUGAGAACGCGCGCGAGAGAGAUGGAUGAAAUGUGCCGGCAUUUAAAUUACCUCACUUUCCCCUUUUAACAAGAAUAUACUUUCCUUUGUGUAUUCUUGAGUAUUAGCGGGUUUGUUUUACCCUUUUUACUCCCCUCCUGAGGACAGCUCCAUUAUUAUCUUCCUUUGGCAAUUAGUCCAUACGCAAGGUUGCUGUGAGUUUUCCGGGCUGUAUGGGCAUGUUCCAGAAGCAUUCUCUCCUGAAGUUACACCUGCAUCUAUGGUAGGCAUCCUCAGAGGUUGUGAGGUCUGUUGGAAACUAGGCAAGUGAGGCUUUUAUAUCUGUGGAAUGUCCAGGGUGGGAGAAAGAACUCUGGUCUAUUGGAAGCAAGUGUGAAUGUUGCAAUUGACCACCUUGAUUAGCAUUUAAUGGCCUUGCAGCAGGGCUGUAGCCAAGGGGGGGGGGGGGUUAGGGGUUCAAAUCCCCCCCCCCGAAAUUUUUUUUAAAAACUGGUUUACUCAUGAAUUUUAACUGAUUGACCACAUUCCCAUGAAUGUCCACUGAAAUUUAUCUGUUUUGAGUGUCCACUGAAUUUUAGCAAUAGAGCCUGAUUUCUAAAUUAUUUUAUGUUAUGGAACUACUCUUCAUGAUUCGCUAAAAAAAAUUCAACCCCUCCCCCAUUUUUUUCUGGCUGUGGUCCCGCCUUGCAGCUUCAAGAACUUUUUUUUUCUCUCCUGUCAGGAGCCACCGGAGUUGCUUCUGGAGUGAGAGAAUUGGCCGUCUGCAAGGACGUUGCCCAGGGGACGCCCGGAUGUUUUUGAUGUUUUUACCAUCCUUGUGGGAGGCUUCUCUCGUGUCCCCGCAUGGAGCUGGAGCUGAUAGAGGGAGCUCAUCCGCGCUCUCCCCGGGUGGGAUUCGAACCUGGCAGCUUUUAGGUCAGCAACCCAACCUUCAAGUUAGGAGGCUUUUAUCCCCUAGACCACUGGAGGCUCAGCUUCAAGGACUGGCUGCUUACUUCCUGGGGGAAUCCUUUGUUGGGAGGUUUUAGCUGGUCCUCAUUGUUUUCUGUCUGAAGCCUCCUGUUUUCUGAGUGUUGUUCUUUAUUUACUAUCCUGAUUUUAGAGUUUUUUAAAUACUGGUAGCCAGAUUUUGUUCUUUUUCGUGGUUUUCUCCUUUCCAACCAGAGAAGUCAGCCAUAGCAGAGCACUUGAUGGAUCAAACUGGAGACAGCAUGUUAUUUGAGAAAACAGAAAUGCUGCACCACUCUAUCAACCACCAGACUACACAGAGAACCCAUUGAAAUCCACAAGCAUGUGGACCAGGCAUCUUCAGCUGUUUGAGCCUCCAACUCCCAGAAUUCCUGAUCAUUGAACAAGCUGGUGAGGGCUUCUGGGAGUUGGAGGCCCACAGUUUGAGGAUGUCUGAUGUGGACAAUUUCAACAGAAAGGGAUGUAUGGCCACGUUCCCGAAGCAUUCUCUCCUGAGUUUUCUCCCACAUCUAUGGAAGGCAUCCUUAGAAGUUGUGAGGUAUAUUGGAAACUAGGGAAGUGAGGUUUAUAUAUCUGUGGAAGAUCCAGGGUUUAUAUAUCUGAUUCCACAAAUAUAUAAACCUCAAUUCCCUAGUUUCCAAUAUACCUCACAACCUCUGAGGAUGUCUGCCAUAGAUGUGGGCAAAAGGUCAGGAGAGAAUUCUUCUGGAACAUGGCCAUACAGUCCGGAUAACUCACAGCAACUCAGUGAUUCCGGCCAUGAAAGCCUUGGACAACAACACUCCAUACACAGUUUCCUGUUUCCUCCCGCUCCCAUUCCCCAGUUUGAAAGCAUAACCGUGCAAUAUCCUUUUCAAAAGAGCAUGCCCACAAGGGAGUAAUAAUAAUUGGUAAUGAUUUACAGAAAGAAGGUAAGUUGGAGAAAUCCAUUAGUGUGAGUCGAAAGUAAGUCCUGAUGAUGAGUUUUUGUUUUUUUUACAACGGUGGGGACCAACAAGGGGACUUAAUUCUGGAAGUGUUAAUUUAUAAGAACCUUCAGCAAUGCAAAAGAUUGCUUUGGACUUGAAAUGAGAUGUAUUUAUUAUUAUUUUUAAAAUGAACUUUCUUUUUUGUUGGUAUCACUGAUUAUUUAAUCCUGAUCUUUAAUGUAUUUAUGUGGAUAUUUGUAGAACUUCACGCUCCCCCCUCCCCUAACUUUUGGAAGAUUGAUUCAGGUCUUUGGUGACUAUACAUUUUUCACCUAUUUAGUAUAUUUGGUCGGAAAUAGAAAGAGUAGUUUUGAACAGUUGUAACAGUGGCUGGUGUUUGUAGUUUAUGUAAGGAUUAAGCAAAUUGUAAGUCAAGUCAUAGAUUAAUACAAAACUGAAGCAUUAUCACAAAAGAGCCCUUACUUUUUUAUAUCAAAAACUCUUUAAAAUUGGAGAAAUGUUAAUUUAUUUUAGGCAUUUUGGUGUCAUUUUACUUAGAAGUUAAAAUGACCCUCCUUAGGCUGGAAGGUCAUUUUUGAUUUCCUGGGUUGCCACUAUUAGUAGGUGAUGUGAAUGUUACCUAAACUCCAUGCAGUAUAUUUCUGAUGUUGUUAACAUGCAUUGCAGACCCAUGUGGGAUUUACUCUCAGGAAGAUGUAUCCAGGAUUGCAGGCUUACUAUCCAUUGUGCAAGCCAUUUUGUCUGCUUGUUGCCAUUUUUUCUUGUGGAAACAUGGAUAAAAAUAAGCAAAAACUUCAGACAAACAAUUAGUCAACCAUGUAAAGUUGCUGAUGUAAUUAAGAUUUCCACAUCAAGCCAGGCUUACAAAAAUGUCAAUUUCUAUUGUUAUUGUUAUUCUUGUUGUUAUUAUUCUUGUUAUGAUUAUUAUUAUUAUUUAUACAAUAUUUAUGGUACCAUAAAUCAAAUUUCUAUAUGUCACUGGAAACUCACACUUACCUUUGCUGACAUGAGGAGGGCAAAACAAAAGAAGAAGAAAACACUUUGAACGAAAUAUUUGACAAUCAAGUAUCUACAAAGGAAAGACUGCAUUAGGCUGUAGGAAAAAAAAUCCUUCUGAAAUGUUCAGAAUGGCUGUUGCGGUAGGAAAUGACUAGAUCUAUCAAUAUUUAAUAUAGUCUUCUGUAGCAGACAUUGGUACAAUUCUUGUGUAAACAAAUGUUUCUGCCCGAGCCUGAAAGGGACAAGAAACACAAACAUCCUUUCCCCGCCCACUCUUCCUCUUUAUUUAUAUGUACCAUUUAAUCUCUUACUGGAUUUAUGGAGCUUUUCUCAAUGUAAAAGUGCCAUUAGGUACACAGUAGAAGUGAUACAUGCCCAUUAAUUCAGGAGGAAGUGUUCCUUAUCGCUUUGAAAAGCGCUCAGUUAAGAUUCAGAUCUUCUGAAUUCCCACAACACAACUGUGGUGAAACCUCACUUUUCAGUAUGACUAAUAAUACAGCUCCAUCUCUUUGCUGCCUGUUGGCAACUCCUCAAUUCUUUUUUGUGCCAGAGGUUUUUACUCCUAUGAAUAAAAACUGUUACUUCCCCCUCAAUACAAUUUGUUUUCCUCCUCCUCCUCCCUCACUUUAAAUGCCAUGUUACAGUAAAUAAUGAGAAAAGAUGAGGAAAAUGUAUCCUUUGUUAAAUUUCACUUUUACCCAAGUGUUGUAGAUCUGUAAACAAACCAGAAUAAACAGCUUCGAAUGAAGACAUAUUUUAACCA